AUGCAUGAGCUUUCGAUGCAAAACUCCAUUGUGGUCGUUGCCUAUGCGUUGAGGUGGAUCAUGAUCAUGACUACCACCAUCUUCGCCCUGAUGGGCGUGUGGCUCUUCUACACGAUGCUCGGGCGAAGCCAGGUCAUCCACUCGUGCUUGCGAGCACACGUUUGCGUGCUUGAGAGUCCAUCCGCUUCAGGCUUCGUGCAACUUGGCACCCAUUGCAGCAUGCUGUUGGCCACGUUGCAGGGUACGCGCCACUUGCAGUGUCAAGUUAAGGCAGUUGCUGACGAGCUUCGUGCUGAUCUACGGCAUGGUGGUGUUGGGCUGCGUCAGCCACCAUGUGAAGUCUGUUGCGGACGCAAUUCCUGUCGUGGUUCUGCUUGGCUCCGGAAUGGUGGGACCGCUAAUGAGCCUUCGAUGGAACUAGCAUCAUUUGCUAGCCUUUCCACUGUUUCAGACUUCGUCUCCAAGGGGUAG